GAACAUCCGCCAGCGCUGCGUUGGUCCGCCUCUCUCCUCCCGACCAAACUCGGCUGUUCUCGUCGCGAAGCGUCCGAGUGGCGGAGGAAAGGAAAGGAAAGAAAGGAGAGGGGGGAGACCGGUCGUACUGGGAAGGGGAAAAAGUAAACGACAAUUUAAUAUUAACACCAACCGUCAGCGGAAAGUGAAAGCGGUACGAAUCGGCAGCUUUGAAGUCGCCAGUGAGGUCCAUGUAGAGCUGGUUUUCCACAGUCUAUGGUGGCAACACAUUAGUGCAGUUGUGACAGAGCAGAGGGAAAGGUCUCCUCCCAGUCUGUUGACGGAUACAGUUUGGCUUCAGUGAAAGGAGACACGGCUAGACCUGACUGUACAUUACCCCGGCCAGUGUUGUAUCGCCCAGGAUGUCUUCGAAGGCUCACAGUUCCAAUAACAUCGCCCAUGCCCGGCGGACAGUGCAGCAGCUGAGAAUAGAAGCGAGCAUUGAGAGGAUAAAGGUAUCCAAGGCCUCUGCAGACCUUAUGAACUACUGCAGUGAACACGCCAGAAACGACCCUCUCCUUAUGGGCAUCCCCGCUUCAGACAAUCCCUUCAAGGACAAAAAACCCUGCACUAUAUUGUAGUGGAUGCCACUUAGCCUUUAUGUGUUUAUUGUUUGCUUAUUAAUGUUGCUGUAUUCUUUUUGUUGCAAGGAGGUGAGGGGUGGACUGUGAUCGUAUCAUUACCAUGUGUUCACCUGUUCUGUUAACGAUUCAGCAAUUCAACCACCCAUUUAGUCAAAAACAGCAUUUUGUAAUGAGCAAAGAAAGCCCUACUAGCCUUUACUACUCACUGAAACUGUUGACCAGUUUGAGCUCUGACCACUAACAGACUUUGGCUGCAUGAGUUGUGAUGGCAUCAGGUACAUAAUGUUGCUUAAAUAAUAAUCAAUGACAGAUAUUAUUUUUUGGCACACACUGGAUGGGUUUGGUCCUUCCUAUGUUAACAGUCUCAUCUCCAUUGGACUGUGAUUGUCUCUCUGGUUUGCCUUAAGUGGAUUCAUGCAGCCAAAGUUUCCCUUCAGUCCUUUAAAAGCAUGUUAGUUUCAAGAAGGAUAAUAAUGGCUCUUAUCAUGUGGCUUCAGACGUCAUUCCCACCAGUAUUUGACAGAUUCUGUGCAGUUUAGAUCACUGAAUUCAGGGGUCAGGGUUUACCUUGAGCUUCUACUCAAAUGUUACCAUGAUGUAUCUUUGCUUGGAGCAGUGAUGUCACUAUAUCUGUGUGUGAAAUAGUACUCUGCAACCCAUCACGGCUGCAGCACCUCUGACUGGUCCACGACAAUCCACAUGCCAUUUUAAGACAUAGUUUUCCUGUCUGGUGUAUGCAGUAUGAUUACCAUAAUAUAGUGUUGUCUUUAGCUGAUUUUAUGAACCAUCAUGUUGCGAUAAGUUCCAUAGAAACAUCCAAGAUCAUCUUUGCUCUGAUUCAAGCCAUUGGGAUGAUAUGACCCCAGUGCUGUGAUGCUUUUGGAAAUUUGUCAGCAGUACAUGUAAAAUAGUUAAUGAAGCGAAAAUGAAAAUGCUUUAUCACAUUAAUGCAGUGCAGAAAUUGUAUUUUUUUUUUUUUUUUUUUUUUUUUUUUUUUUUUUUUUUUUUUACUGAAAGUGUAACACUGUGUGAUGAAGAACCUGGGACAAAGCCAAACCAGUGAUACUGCAUUUCAAAACAUCUAAAUAUGCGUCUGAAUGAGGCUAUUUUUAGCCAUUCCUUCUGAUAACUUUCUGUGGUACGCUUUUCAGGACACUGAUGACACAAAGCACGUCAGCGAGUGUCGCGCAACACUGUGAGCCACGCCUGCUUGCUCAUCACAGGUGUCUUAGUCGAGCGAAUGUGCACAGCAUUCGUUGUCUUAAAGUGUUUUUGGCACAGGUGUUGUAGGUACAGGUGCAAGCGGUAGUGUGCAUUGAUGAUAAAACCACUCUCCCAAGACUGCUGUCAAAUUUUUCAUGUUUUUAAAUUUAAACUAUAAUAUUUGUGUCGGUGGGGGUCUUCAGUCUUCAGUCUAACGUGUUCAUGUGAUUCUCUGGGGGAACAUAUCUGCUAUGGUAAAUUUUACAAUAUCAGAAUAGAUAGCAUAAAUUAAAAAAAGUCUUACACUCCUUAAGCCUUACUUAUGUUUGCCUUGUAUCAUGAAGAACACAAUUAAUGGGAGUACUUUCUUUAAAAAAAAAGAUUUCUAUCAAAUGUGUUUAUCUGUGGGAUGAAAGUGAUUGGUAACAAUAUUGUGCCAUCUGUUUUUUUUUUUGUCUACAUGUCACUAGCAGAACAUGUUAAAUCGUGUUUCUCUUACCUGGUGCUCCGCUUUUCAGCAGUUUUGGUAUUGUUGCCUUCUCCAAAGGGUACUUUCAGGUCUUCAAAUCAGCGAGAUCUGGAGUUAUUAUCCAAUUGUAUUUUUUAUGAUUCUCUCUAACAGUUAGUUCUUCUUACUUGCAAUAAAUAAUUCCUGUUUGCCUCUUAAGGAAACGUUCAGAUUACCACUGCCAUGUCAUGAUUUCUGUCCAUUCAGCAACUCUGUAACAGCCUUAUUGUACCAUUGAUAGAUUAAUUUAACUGUCAAAAUCUGCAUUUUGAUAAAUGUCUUUAUUAAUAUACCAACCUUUGUAUGAAGACUUAACUAAGAUUAAUAAAGUGAAGCAUUCCUACAGUACAGUACUGUAAUAAUAUGUCAAUAAAGAUGUGUUGUGCUGCACAGUCACAAGAA